CGUAUAAAGGAAAGAGUACUUUGUUGCUAAGCACCGAAUUCCGAAGGUGUGCGACCCGACGUUACCUGCAGGUGGUGGACAAAUGACGCACUGCACGAUAGCUAACGUUCCUAACACAAACGAGAAGAACCUCGUAGUUAGAUCAUGUUAAUUUAAUAAAAGUCAUUAGUUACUGUAAACGGAGGAGUCUGUGUUAGCUAGUUAAAUAAACCAGUAGCUACGUGUUGAGUUACAGUUAUUAGUUAGCUAGUGGUAGAGUUCAAAUUGGCUAGCUAAGCGUCAGGGAACCUUCAUUUUACUCCGUCAAUCACGUUGUUACGUGUUAUGUUAAUGGUGUCGCCGUUAAGUAGCUAGCUAGGUUAACAUUAACAUUUUCCAUAGACAAAUUUAGUGUAGGCUAUGUUUCGUUAUUAAUUUGAAAAAAACAUUCACAUAGCUUGUUUUUGGGGGAGUUUCGUGAUAAAAGUUAUCUUCAUAUCGAAAUAAAUCAACAGUAAAUGUCAACAGCUGUGAUGUUCAGGAUCUAGGAGUCACUUGGUGGUUGUUCCUCCACAGGUUCAAGGUAUGAAGCCCAAACAGGAGCUGAAGUUGGCCUGUACAGCAGCUGGAGAUGAAUAUAAAGGGAGAAACCCUGCCUAUGGAUGUGAAACUUUCAGCCGAAGUGGAACCAUUCAUCCCACAGAAGAAAGGUCUCGAAGGAUCCCUAGUCAGCAUGAGUCUUUCUGGAGAGGCAGGCGGAGGAGGAGGAGGGGGAGGUAUAGGAGGGGGCGGUGGAGGGGUGGAAACCACUCCCAUACCCAGCUACCUCAUCACCUGCUACCCUUUCGUCCAGGAGAACCAACCCAACAGGCAACAUCCUAUGUAUAAUGGAGGGGAGCUGCGCUGGCAGCAGCCUAACCCCAGCCCUGGUGGUUCAUACCUGGCCUACCCCAUCUUGUCUACGCCCCAGCCUCCUGUCUCCAACGACUAUGCUUACUACCAGAUUAUGCCCGCUCCAUGCCAACCUGUGAUGGGCUUCUACCAGCCCUUCCCUGGCACCUAUGCAGGUCCUGUGCAAGCUGGAGUGGUCAACCCUGUCUCAGCAGAUGUUAGUGAAAGACCACUGCCUCUGGGGCCAGCAUAUGGGAUGGCCAGUCAAAGGGGGAGAGGCAUGGUCCGACCUAAUGUUCUCCCAAAGCAACAGAUAGGUGUGUGCCAGCCUCCGAGGGGUCGCCGGCCUCCAACCAGAAGUGUAGCUGUGCAGAAAGAGGUUUGCACCCUGGGGCCUGAUGGUAGGACCAAGACAGUCAUGCUGGUAGAUGCAGCACAGCAGACCGAUUUCCCAGGUGAGGUGUCGGGGCGGUGUGCUGCUGAGCGGGCUAGUCCCCUGCUGUGGAAGAACCGGACAAAGAGAAGACGGGCGUCCCAUCCAGCUGAAGGCUACAACGAGCAGGGUGCCAGUGAGGCAGAUAUAGACAGCGACAGUGGCUACUGUAGCCCCAAACACAACCAGGCGGCAGGGGUAGCAGCAAAUACAGCAGCACCCACAGGAGUAGAGGCUGGUGUAAUGACAGCAGGUACCUGGGUAAAUGUGGCCUCUCAGGCUACCCAGAAGUCCUGGGGAGACAGGAACAGCCAGUUCCACAGAGCAGACCAGAGGAAGAAUCCUGAACAUAGGAACUUCUCACAGAGCCUGCAUGUGUAUACUGGUGUUGUGACUGGAACAAAAAAUGCACUGAGACAACAAAUAAGGAGUAUUUUAGCAUCAACUGAAGACAGGGGUAUCAACAGAAUGAAUAGCCAGGAUUUCCACAGUGGCUAUCCUGGGCGUGUGCCGCCGAACCAGUCGGAGCAGAGGCUGCAGCAAGCAGGGGUCACUAGUACUGAGCUCACCCCAGAGCCCCUCUACUUUGAGGAUGAAGACGAGUUCCCAGAUCUCACUACUGGAGGGGCUGUCCAACGCAGCACCAAACCAGAAUCUACUUCAGCCCAGACAGACGCGCAACCUAAACUGCCUAAAAACCUGCUGGAUAACCUGCCAGAAAACUCCCCUAUCAACAUUGUGCAGACACCCAUCCCCAUUACAACCUCUGUUCCCAAGAGAGCCAAGAGCCAGAGGAAGAAGGCUCUGGCUGCUGCCUUGGCCACUGCACAGGAGUACUCUGAGAUCAGCAUGGAACAGAAGAAAUUACAGGAGGCCUUCACCAAAGCAGCAGGGAAGAAGAGUAAAACCUCUGUCGAGUUGGACCUGGGAGACAUGCUGGCAGCUUUGGAGAAACACCAGCAGGCUAUGAAGGCCAGACAACUCACCAAUACCAAGCCACUGUCUUUUACAGUUGGAACAACUACUCCAUUCCACGGUUCAGGCUUGACCAGCAUGCCAUCCAUGUUGAAGGGUCAUCAGCAGCCAUACUCGGCCCCACACAAUGCCCUGGAUUCCACCGCACCCCGUAUCAAGAGAGGGAAGGAGAGGGAGAUCCCUAAAGUAAAACGGCCAACAGCCCUUAAGAAGAUUAUCUUGAAGGAACGUGAAGGGAAGAAAGGGAAGACGAGUGUAGAACAAGAGUCUUCAGGCCAGGAGGAGCACGGGGAGGAGUCUCUACAUUUCACUGACGAUCUUGCACGAGAGCCUGCCUCCCAAGAAAGUGAGGACAAUGGUCUGAGUAUGCCCAGUGAUGCAUCCCUUUCCCCGGCCAGUCAGAACUCUCCAUAUAGCAUCACCCCAGUGUCCCAGGGUUCUCCUGCCAGCUCUGGCAUCGGGAGUCCUAUGGCCUCAAAUGCCAUCACCAAGAUCCACAGCCGACGUUUCAGAGAGUACUGUAACCAAGUGCUGAGUAAGGAGAUAGAUGAGAGCGUGACGAUGCUGUUACAGGAACUGGUUCGCUUCCAAGAGCGGGUCUACCAGAAGGAUCCUACCAAGGCCAAAUCCAAACGCCGCCUGGUCAUGGGUCUCAGAGAGGUCACCAAGCACAUGAAGUUGCAUAAGAUUAAGUGUGUCAUCAUCUCUCCCAACUGUGAAAAGAUCCAGGCCAAAGGUGGAUUGGAUGAAGCUCUAUACAAUGUAAUUGCCAUGGCUAGGGAUCAGGAGAUCCCGUUUGUGUUUGCCUUGGGCAGAAAAGCUCUUGGACGCUGCGUCAACAAACUAGUGCCUGUUAGCGUGGUUGGCAUUUUCAACUAUUCUGGAGCUGAGGGUCUCUUCAACCGUUUGGUGUCUCUGACAGAAGAGGCUAGGAAGGCCUACAAGGACAUGGUGUCAGCUCUGGAGCAGGAGCAGGCCGAGGAGGCUCUGAAAAAUGACAAGAAAGUCCCACACCACAUGGGGCAUUCCCGCAACCACUCUGCAGCUUCUGCUAUUUCCUUUUGCUCCAUCUUCUCUGAGCCUAUCUCAGAGGUCAAUGAAAAGGAAUACGAGACCAACUGGAGGAGUAUGGUGGAGACUUCAGAUGCCCUGGAGCCUGUAGAGGCUGUGCCGAGUCGCCCUGCACCUGCCACAGCCACCCAGAAAGACGGUGAGACCCUGGCGGCCACCACCAACGCUGCGCCGCCCGGCUCCACUGCUGCCCAGCCCAGGGCAGCGCCUCCGACACUGACACAGGGUCCCAGUGAGAGAGACGAGGUCCGGGUUGACGACAGGCUGGAGCUGGCCUCUCAGCAGAGCACAGAGACGGGCUCGUUGGAUGGGAGCUGCAGGGGCCCGCUGAACUCCUCCAUCACCUCCACCACUUCCACCCUGGUCCCCGGGAUGUUGGAAGAGGCAGAAGAGGAGGAGGAGGAGGAGGAGGACUACACCCCUGAACCCAUUUCUGUGGAGGUCCCCACCCUCAGCAGCCGCAUCGAAUCCUGGGUGUCAAAGACCCUGGAAAACCUGCAGCUGGGGAAGAGCCAGGAAAGUACGGAGGAGGAGGAGGAGGAGGAGGAGGAGGAGGAGGAGGAAGACGAUGAAGAGGAAAGAGGGCAGAGUGAAGAGGAGGAGGACCUCGAUUCCGCGGACAUCACCGAGACGAGGACGGAGGGUAAUGAGCAAGAGGAGGCAAAGAAGGUCACUGGUUGAUGUCACC